AUGUUUUGUUUUUGGGUAUAAUUUAUAUGUGUGACCUACGAAGAAUGAACCAAACAAUUUUAGCUCUACUAGUUCGUAUCCAUUACACAGAGAAGGAGAUUGUACGUGGCCUAUUCCAAUCAGAUUUUGUAAAUGUCUCUCUUCAGAUCGAAAACACCAAUUUCCUUUUCUUGUUAUCAUUAUUUAGGGGAGCCUGCACUUUCUCUCUCUAAAUUACUCUAUUUCUCUCUCUAAAUUCACACCUUCUCGUUCAUAUCACAGCAAUGGCGAAGAAGAAGACACCCAAAAGGAAGAAGGGAGAGAAGUUACACGAAAUUGAUCACAUACCCAAGUAUUCUCAGCAACGCAGAAGCCCUGGAGGCCCCAGACGUCGCACGGACUUCUCUCUCUUCUUCUGCUUCUCUUCUUCUUCUAUCUCUAAAGCUCCUCUCUCUCAAGGUCUAUUGCUGGAGUCAUCCAGUGGUAAUAAUAUACUAUCAAGUGUCACUACUGCUAGUUUGGAUGAAACAAGGGGCAAGAGAAAGGAAAUGCUUGAGUGCCCACUGGUCCAAUGCAGCCAGUCCCAGGAUAAAAGACAAGGAUCUUUCUCGAACAUUGUUGAAGUUCCACCAGUUCUAGAAGUUGAAUCAGCUGCCAGUAAUGCAGCUUUUGAACAGUGGAGUGACAGGAAUGUUGAUAAACAAAGAAUUGAUGUAGUCAAGACAUUAGAGUUCACUCCUUAUAACUCACAAAAUAGAGAGACCAGCGAUGUCUGCAUAACUCCAGGAAGUGUAGUAUGGGCUAAAAUGGCUGACCAACUAUGGUGGCCUGCUGAAGUGCUAGGAGAAAGAUCAAGUUUUGUUGAUUCAAGUAACCAAGGGAUUGAUGGCCGUAUUUUAAUACAAUUCUAUGGAAACCGUGAAAGUGCUUGGGUUGAUCCAGCUAGAGAUCUGUCACGGUUUGAGGAUUGCUUUAAAGAAAGGAGUUGUAACCCUAUGGAAGGGUUUCAAGAUGCUUUGCGAGAGGCUUUGCAUCAGAAGGAGCAUUUAAGAUUAUCCAGACAGUUCACCGAGUCCCCUGAUGGACCUAAUUACUCAAAUCAACAAGACGACUCCCCUGAUAAGUGCAACUCAUCAAGUUCAAGCAGAACAGCGAGUGAUUGCCGAGGGAGGGGCAAGAGGGAACGAAAACCCAAAGUUCACUUUGAUGAUGUGAUUUUUCCAUUAAAAUCAGCAAGGAAAGUUCGAAGGUUCAGGAUAAUGCGGUUUCUUGGCCUCGCAGCUCCAGUAGGGUCUCCUUUUAACUCGCCUUCCCUGUAAAAAGUUCCUCUGAAAUGGUGUAGAAAUUUCAUUUUUUUUUUUUCUUUUCAUUUCCUUACUAAUGGUGAAAGCUAACUGCUCUGUCCUAGGAGAUUAAAUAUGCCAUUUUCUCAUUAUGUCUGGAAGAAUAAACUGUAAUUUGAAUAAUGAAGUACCUAUACUGUUAUAAAUUUGAAAAUAUUGAUGUUUAUGUAUGGAAUUAGGAUUUUGACUCUA